UUGAUCUCUUGCUGUUCGACUAAUUAAAUCAUUUGUCCACGACUUAGUUUUCUAGAUCUGAACAUUUCAUCUCAUCGAAAUGCCGACAUCCGUCCGCAAAGGGAUAAAAUUGGAAAAUUAGAUAAAAUGUUAUGUUCGGAAUCUUCUCUCCUUAUUCUCUAUUUCCUUAAAAUUGCAUCUGCAUCAGCGGAGAGUGCAUUUCGUAAGAACAAUGAGUUAAAAUUUUGAGAAAUGGAAAAGUUGAUGGAAUUCCUGAGGAUUUUCGAGGCUGCCAAAACAUGUUUCGGGUAAAUACACCACAGUGUUUGACAAUUCAUAAAUGCGUAUUCUGCAACUUAUGUCUAUACAAUGCAUCCGAAAAGCGAUUUUCACUUUUUUUAAAACUAUUGUUAACACAAUAGUUACUCAAAGUAUUUAUUUAAUACUUUGUCAUAAAUUUCAUCUAUGUGCGCAACAGUAACACAAAACUGAAAAUUCUUCUAUAAUUGUAGUCAAAAGAUAUGACUAAAGAUAUGUUAAGUCCAAAUAGAAAAAAGAAGCAACUACUUAAAAAAAGUAAAACGGACAUAAACGAUACAUUGAAUGAUGACUUAAGUAAUAAUGUGCAAACAUCUCAAGAAGCAUAUCUAAAUACAGAUCACAUAAGGAUAAAAAAUGAACGGACACCUACUAAAACAGAAAAUGAUAAUAUAAAUUUGCAAAUAAAUAAUUGCAAUGUUAGAAAAAGGAGAAAUGUAUCAGAAUCUUCUAAUAAUAAUGAUGAAUUAACAAACAACACUAGAAGUUGUUUAAUCAGUAUCCGUAAAAUAGAGGAUUUAUGUAAAACUCCUAUAAAAAACAAUGAAUUAAAUGAAUCAAUGGACGCAACAAAUAUUAAAAAAGAAAUAUUCAGUCCUGUAAGAUGUAGCCCUAGGAAUGUUAAAAUCACACCAAAUAGAAAAAAGAAACGUUAUUAUGAAGAAGAUAAAUUCUCCAAAAGAAAAAGGAGAAAAAUUAAUGACACAACUGAAUAUGAUCAAUUAUCUGAUUCAGUUAAAACAGAAUUAUAUGAUAACAAUGUUCACGAUAUGGAACAUAUUGAAAUGUUACAUGAUUUAGACUCUGUGAUGGAUUUUGAAGAUACUAAAAUACCAGAUUUCUUAUGUUCUACAACUAAUGAUGUGAAGGAUGAGCAGAGUAUAGAAAUCUUUAAAGAUCCACAAGUUGAUCCUUUAUUUAUUGAUGUUAAUGAUAUUCAUGAUAGUACCAUAGAAAAUGGAAAUGAGGAACAAGAAAAAGAGAAUGCAGAACCUAGAUUUUAUUUAAGAAAACGUGUAAAAACUGUUGAGCAAAAAAAAUUAAAUAAUAAAAAGUUUUGUGAUACUCCUAUUGGAAUAAAAGCUGCAUUAGGGAAAUUAUACAUUAAGUCAGAUACAGAAGACGAAGAGAUAUCUGAAAGUACUCAGCAGGAAUUAUACAAUUUAAAGGUGCAAAUAAUGCAUGAUGUACCACUACAACAUCAAAUAGAACGUUCAGCAGGUUCGAAAUCAUUGACAAAAGCAGAGAAAAGUUUAUUUUUAAAAUAUGCAUCAUUAAGAAAAGGUUGUUAUUUACCUCAAGAAGAUGAAACGAUCAUAAAUAAUUGGAAAAAAUUUUGUGAAGUUCAUAAUUGGAAUUCGAAAAUUGUAAAGCCAUUCAUUUGCAUUAGAAAUGGUAAUAGAUAUUGUAUCAGAAGCUCAGAAGAACGUCAAAAAUUUGUUCAAUUUUUAGCAAAUGGGUUACCAUGCAGAUCAUUGUACAGUGUACUUCAAAGAUUCAAAAAUUUAUUUGGGAAAUAUAAAAAAUCCUGUACACGGUACAGUUUAGUAGAAGACGAAAUAAUUUUAUCCUAUAUGAAAAAAAAUUGGAGGCGGAAAAAACACAAUAAUUAUGCUAAACUAGCGAAAAUGUUAAAUCGUAAGAGGCAUUCAGUAUGGCUACGUUACUAUACACUUAAAAAUAUGCAGGAUAAGGAAACAAAGAAAUCAUUAGAAGUCCAGUGGACAUUAGAAUUAAUUGGGAAAUUUAUACAAAAUCUUAUGAAUAUAAUGUUAUGUGAAAAUAUAAAAGAAUUAAAAGAUGCUAUCAUUCCAAAACCAGUUUGGGUAAAGUUAGAAGAAAAACUAAACAUAAACCAUGAAACAUUAAGAAAAUUUUGGCUUCAUCAACUGCAUAUGCAAUUAUAUUGUCCAGAAUCCAUUUAUUUAAAUGAUAUUAAAAUAAAAUUAAUUGAAUACAUGUAUGGAAAAGGAAUUUCAAAUGCUCGAGAAAUAAUAUGGCGUAGCGUUGCAAAAUAUUUUGAGGGAGUUACUACUAUGUUUUUAUCUAAAGUAUUUAUUUACCUUGUACAAGAAGUCAAUAAAAAACUAAACACUACAUAUUUUCCUGAUAUAAUAGAAUAUCUUUAUAAUCGUAAAAUCCCUGCUAUACAAAACAGCUUGGUUGAUAAAUUUCUUCCGAGGUUAUUUUAUGAUAAUGGGAAUGUUAAGAUCAUAGAUGAAGAUAUAAAAACUGAAAAUAUAUAAUAUACUGUUAUAGCAUUUUUAUUAAACUUCCGAAAUUUCCAGCGUA